UGUGUGUAUGUGUGUGUGAGCGCGAGGGGCAGAGAGGAGUGUGUGUGUGUGUGUGUGUGUGUGUGUGUGUCAGGGUGAGAAUGUGAAUGCGGUCGAGAAAAGGUGGAAGAAGUGAAGGGAAUAAGGAGGAAGGAGGACAAAGUGUCGGGUACGUACUCUCACGUGAGGAGUAACACGUCCGAAACAUCCUCGUGCAAACUUGCUGAGAGUUGACCGGCGCGCGGACAGAGCUCGAGGUAUCAAAUGAAGUGUGACAGCCACAGCAACUGGUGAUGCCUACGACAGACUCCAGUCUCACAUCAAUGGAGGACCCCCAUGCACUGGAGGCUGAGGAGGGGAGCUCGACUAAUGUCCCCUCCUCAGUCCCUCCCACUACUGUCCCUUCUUCUCCUCCUGAACCGACCACUACGAGACCUAACAUCCCUAGCGAGACGGAGAUUGAGAACAAAGCCGUCUCCAUGGCAAGUAAUGACUGUAGCUCAGCUCUCUCCUCACCUGCUGAAGCCAGCCCAGCCAAGCCUGCUGCAGCGUCACCUAUGGCCUUUGAAGGGAGUGUUGAAACAAGCCCAGCUACCUCACACAUCACAUCAGCAUCAGACUCUCUAACAUGCACGGGGACAAGCCUUGUCAACAUACCAGAAUCACUACCGUCUUUAUCUGGGUUGCCAUCUAAAACGUUUGGCGGUCCAAACCCGGAAAAUGCUUUUCCUGCUGUGUUGACCUUCAAAGGUGUGAGUGUCACUCUGGAGAAUAACAGUGUGUGGAAGCAGUUCAACAGCUGUGGAACUGAGAUGAUUCUCACUAAACAGGGCCGCCGCAUGUUCCCGUACUGCAGGUAUCGCCUGGCUGGCCUAGAUCCUGAGCGGCAGUACAGUCUGGUCCUUUCCAUUGUUCCGUCAGACCAGUACAGGUACCGCUGGAGCACGACUAAAUGGGAGGUCAGUGGACGAGCAGAGCACCAGGCCCAGGGUCUGAUCCGGGCAUUCUCCCACCAUUACUCCCCCUGCCGAGGCUCAGACUGGAUGGGUAGCUUGGUGUCCUUUUACAAGCUCAAACUGACCAAUAAUGUCCAAGACCAGGAUGGUCAUAUAACCCUGAACUCCAUGCAUCGCUACAUUCCUAGACUACAUGUGAUACCUGUCCCAGAUGGGGUCGCACCCACACCUGACCAGCCCGUGGUGGUGGGACCAGAGUGCAUGACCUUCACUUUUCCACAAACUGAAUUCAUGGCUGUGACGACUUACCAGAACUUUCGGAUCACGCAGCUGAAAAUUAAUCACAAUCCGUUUGCAAAAGGCUUCAGGGAGGACGGGAACAACCCCCGUCUGAAGCGGGUCGCUACAGACGGGCAAGUUCUGGUGAAGACAGACGCUCAGCCGUCUAUUUUAAAACUUGCAGAGCUCAGUGAAAACAAGACAGAGGAAGCUGAUAAUCUGAGGUAA